ACCACCAUCAUCACCACAACCACCACAACCACAACCACAACAGUUCCAACACACCACCAACCACCCGUGUCCGAAACCUUCAGAAACACCUCCAACCACGCAUCACCAACACCCUCAAACGCACACCAUGACCUCUCCCAACCCACACCUCGUGAUCCGCAGCAUCACGCCGCAGAUCUCGACUCUCAGCGUCCCCUUCCUGCGCUUCAACCGUAUCAAAUUCGGGGGGCGAGCGACACUCCUACAGCUCUCCAGCGGGAGCCUCGCCGUAUUCUCGCCAAUCCCGUUGACAGCGGACGUGCGCGCGCACAUCAACAGUCUCGGCGGUCGUGUGGGGUACAUAAUCGCGCCAGACAUGGAGCACCACAUGCAGUUGGGGGCUUACAAGAGUGCGUUCCCGUCGGCUCUGGUGAUCGGCCCGCACGGGCUGCGCGAGAAGCGCGCGCGCCAGGGAGAUCAGGACGUUCCCAUCGACUUUGAGUAUGCUCGCGGGAAUAAAGAGCUGAAACUGCCCGAGGAGCUGGCGAGAGAGGUCGAUGUCGAGUAUUGGGAUGGGCAUGCGAGUAAAGAGAUCGUGCUGCUGCAUAAACCCUCCCGAACACUCGUCCAGGCGGAUCUAUUCUUCAAUCUGCCCGCGAGGGAACAGUAUAGCCGCAGCGGAGAGGAUGCGAGCAAGGGCUGGCCCACCAGGAUUGCCCAGCACUUCAUGAAUACCACCCCUGGACAUAAGGGACAGCAGAGGUUUAUUUGGUAUGCCCUCGCAAAGGACAAGGCCUCCUUCGCCGCCUCGGCACGGAAAGUCGCCGCGUGGGAUUUCGACAGGAUCAUUCCGUGAGUCUUCCCCAUCUCCGCUCGCUUCACUCUUUUCCCUCACUGACAUGACACUUCCAGAUGCCACGGAGACGUCAUCGAAACCGGUGGAAAGGAUGUAUUCCACCGAUUGUUUGCAUGGCACUUGUAGUUCAUAUCUCUUAGUUCGAGCUUUCAGUUAAUGGGUUUCUGUUCCAUUAAUUUGUCCGCAUGUCUUGAUAGUUUUUGUACAGUAAUAAUGACAGUCAUCAUCGCAUCAUUCCACCAAUCACACCGAUCAUGAAGGGUUCUGUUCUACCCA